AUGAAGAAGAAAAUGAUGGCAUACACCACAGACAGCGCUACUACAGGACAUUUAUUGAAUCGCUUGUAUCAAAAGAUUGAACGAACAACACACCAAGAUCCGCAUCCAGGGUUAAUCAUUGCUUCGCAUCACUUCUUCGAGCCUUACCCUCUUGUUAACGAGAUUGACCUACUCAGUCUUGUGAUCAUGGAUCUCUUAAUCCAGUUUUCUUAUCCAUCCUUUUCUGGUUACAGUAAGUUCACAAUUUCCUUUACCAUGAAGCGAUCUUACGGAGAGGAGAUCUCAUUUACGCUAGGUCCAGCUAUCCCCUUGACAACUCAAGAUUGUCAGUUAAUUCCAAAAAGUGAGAUCUAUGCUCAUAUAUCGAGAUAUAUUCAGAAAUAUGCAGAAAUCUACGACGGAGAUUAUAUAGUUCGAGUCAUGAUCCGAGUCUAUAUGGACGGCAAAAAGAUGGAUAGGCCAUCCCUAUCUUCAGAUGAGAGAGAUAGCUCACUUUCUUCAAUCAUUCAAGCCGGAUUGAGUGAGGUCGAGCCAAUAACAGCAAGAGAGAUCAGAUAUCGUAAGCGUAGCUAUCCAACCCAUAUCACAGCACUCAAACCAUCUCGCACUGAGCUUAAACCAUUCAUUGUAGCCGAUACCGAGACUAUCCUGAUCGAUAACGUUCAUAAGCCUUAUGCUGCUGGUCUCAUGCUGGUUCGUCCCGGUGAAGAGAUCUCUUCUCUUAUGAUUGAUACCUACUUCAGUGAAGACUACUCUAUAAUCUUUUCUUCAAAGGAAGAAAAGAGUACUAAGGUACUUUAUGACUUGGUAUUAAGGAUAUCAACGAUUGUUAGACAAGAACAAUCAACUUUAACUAUUUACUUCCACAACUUCUCUAGAUUUGAUGGAAUUCUCUUGCUUAAGCACCUAGCAUGUCAUCACAAGAGCUACAAGCUCAAACCACUGAUGAGGAACAAUAGGCUUUACGAGUUAGCUGUCUAUUCUGGUAAGAAGAUGUUAUUCCGCUUCAGAGACUCAUUGAAUCUACUCCCAGGCAAACUGAGCGCCCUAGCUAAGAAUCUAUGCCCGGGUCUAGGCCCGAAAGGCUCUAUCCCAUAUGAAGAGGUGAGAGUGUCAAAUCUGGAAAGUAUGAAAAAAAGCUUGAUAGACUAUAUGAAGCAGGACAUCCUUCUCCUAGGAGGUGUAAUGCAACAAGCUCAAGAGAUAUAUUGGAAGCAGAUCUCCUAUUUCCUUCAACUAAUGCAAUUCUACACAAUGAAAUCUUCUUGGAAACAAAAAAGUGAGGGAUAG